AUUUGGUGCAGCCCGAGAUACGGAGAAAGCGUACUUCUCCCUUUGCCUGCGCAUGGGCCACCUCCAGUGCCCAGACUGCCCUUCGCCGCUUUUCAAAGAGUUUCACUUUCCAACAAUCAAGCUGUGUGCUGACCUUGUUCUGCCCUCAGGAUCAGCACAUAUCAAUCCCACAAGCUCAGCCGUUAGCGCGCCAGCUGCCGGUUCCACCGUCCGUCGCCAGUCAUCUCCUGCAACUUCUUUGUGGUACCCUCAAAAACUGCAAGCCUCGCCCUUGCCCAGCUGAUGUUGCAACCGCAAUGGCGACCGGAACGAUCAACGUAGCCAUCAUCGGCGUUGGCCUUGUUGGCACGUCCGUUAUCUCUCAAAUUCUGUCCAGUCCAACUCUGCGGCAUUCACUCUCCAUUGUCUCGCUUCAAAACAGCAAAAAUUUGCUCUUGCUAUCUUCGGACUCGGAACGCUCGCAGAUCUCCCAAGAAACCUGGAAAGCCAAAUUGGCAUCCUCGGAAAAGCCUGCUCCCGAGCCCGAGGAGCUCAUCAAGAUCUUGCAGAGCAUCUCGUCGGCCUCUGCCGCAAAGCACACUGUCAUCGUCGACAACACUUCUAACGAUGCUGUCGCCAAUGCCUACCCCUCUUUCCUCUCAGCCGGCUUCAGUGUUGUCACUCCGAAUAAGAAGGCGUACUCUGGGCCUGCAACCCUCUUCUCUGCGAUCCGGACUGCACAGCAGUCCAACCCGACUGCCCUAACCUACCUAGAAUCUACUGUAGGAGCUGGCCUGCCCAUCAUUUCCACGCUCAAAGACCUCAUCGCGACUGGCGAUGAGAUUCACAAGAUUGAAGGCGUGUUAAGCGGGACUCUGUCGUACAUCUUCAAUGAAUGGUGUCCACCAUCACUCGACUCGACUGUUAAGUUCAGCGAGGUGGUCAAGGUCGCAAAAGAGCAGGGCUACACAGAGCCGUACCCCGGUGACGACCUUUCUGGCUCAGACGUCGCCCGCAAGCUUACCAUCCUCUCGCGUCUCGUGCCAGCAGUAGCAGAGGCCGUGCCGCUACCGGAAGGCUUUGCUUCUGUUGCGACCCGUUCGCUGACCCCAGCAGCCAUGCUCGCCGAAGAGAAGACCACAGGCAAAAACCCUGAUUCGUAUGUCUCUAAGCUUGCUGCCUUUGAUGCCGAAUUUGAUGCGCUUCGUGAAGAAGCCAAGAAGGAAGGCAAAGUCUGGAGGUAUGUGGGCGUCAUUGACGCUCAAACAAAAGAGGUGAAGGCUAGUUUGGAAAAGUACCCUGCCACACAUCCCUUUGCUGCCAGCUUGGGAGGUAGUGACAACAUCAUCAGCUUCACUACAGCCAGGUACGCUACGCGCCCUCUCCUUGUGCAGGGCUCUGGCGCUGGCGCAGACGUCACCGCGAUGGGUGUCGUUGCAGACUUGCUCAAGGUGGCCGAGCGCAGGGGUGUGUAAAUAGCUGCGGCUUUGGUUCAAUCAUACGACGUCUUAGCUUGGACAGCUAGACAAAUCUUG